UCAAAGGUCUUUUGUUGCUCUGGUUGCACCUGCUGACGGGUGUCAUUCACAAUACUCCUGCUCACAGAACAUAAAGGGCGGAAUUAUGGGCCGGUCAAUGCAGCCUCUCCAGCUGCUGUGCUUGGUCACCGUAGUGGCAAUAAUUACAAAGAAUAACUGUGCUGAAGUUGAAGAUGAAGGACUUGUUGAAAACUUAACCAACAAGCUUCUGACGGCUAUCCCUCCUAACAGCUGCAAUUCCUCUGUUACUAAACUGGUGAUGGAGGGGAAUCAGAUUACUCUCUCCAAAGAAGACAGACUAUCCCUGGCCAGUUAUUCCCAACUGAUGGAGCUCUACCUAGAUGCCAACAAAGUGGACAAAAUACCAGUCACGUACUUCAUGGUUGUACCAAACCUCAGGGUGCUGUCACUGUCUAGGAACCAAAUCAACAGCCUAGAAGCACAGUCCUUCUCUGGCCUUUAUGCCCUGAAGAUGAUGAACCUAUCCUACAACCAAUUGACACAUCUCCCUGCUCAACUAUUCAGAGGGCUUAAUAAUCUACAGGUGGUGGACCUGCAGGACAACCCGUGGAAUUGUUCCUGUCCAUUUUUGAGCCACUUUGAAGAAAUAAGAGCAGCCAUCAGACGGCCAAAUACAAAAUGUGCUUCACCGGCGCAACGUGCUGGAAUGGAUCUUUUUGAGGCAAUGGCUCAGUGCUAUCCAACAUCACUGACCUACUCCGCUCCAGAUGCAAUACACACAACCAGUGGCGUUAAACAAUCAAAGCUGGAAACCACAUUGCCAAAUACGAUGCUGACUUCCAGCCAGAACAGUUUCAACAUCGACCAAAAGCCUGUUUCUGGAAACACGUGGAAAUUUACAGCAUGCGUUGCAGCCUUGGCACUGACUACAUCUGUUCUCAUCGUGUGCGCCAUCAAAGGCCCCUCGUGGUAUCGGCUCUUCCACAACUACCGGCAUCGACAUCUGCGCCAAGAAGAGAACGAAGACGGCCACGGAGCCUCCAGCAUUUACUCAGAGACUGGGAGAUACAUGAACCAGAAGACGUUCAUCUUUGACCGUCAUGGGUCCGAGGAGGAAGAGGAUGUGCACUACUUUGAGGAUCCUUACAUAAAGGCAGUGGGCUAACCUAAAUAAAGUUAAAUCUGUACAUACUACUCAGGUCACAUAUAUUGACAACACAUUUAUGUCGACCAACUCAUCAAGUCCCAGUCCACAAUAAAAUUUUAAUACUAAAAAGUGUCUGCUUAAGUUGACAUAACGUACAGAUUUAACCUAAAUAAAGUUAAAUCUGUACAUACUACUCAGGUCACAUAUAUUGACAACACAUUUAUGUCGACCAACUCAUCAAGUCCCAGUCCACAAUAACAUUUUAAUACUAAAAAGUGUCUGCUUAAGUUGACAUAACGUACAACUUUUCAUGUUGACAUGUGUUUCAUGAAGUAUUUUUGUAAUAUCAUCAUUAUUAUCACCAAGAAGCAACAUGACAUGUCUCAGUGACUUCCUGUUCAGUGCAAAGUAAGUUUUGAAAUAAAAGCUUUGGCAGUAUUAACCUGGGUUUAGCAACUAA